CAUGUCGGGUCUCCACUCUGCCCUUCUCCUCCUCUCCUGUGCUGGGAUGAUCUACCUAGAUGACUGUCAAGAUGACCAAUCUAAACCCCCGACAGAUCCAGGGUGUUCUUACAGUGUAAAACCGAUCCAGUUUGGUUUCCAGAUAAAGUUGGCAUAUUCUGCCCCUGGUAACUACACCAUGAACUACACCAUUGCUGAGAAGGAAAGUUCAUUUGAAAGAAAAGCCACUUCUUUUCUCCACAAUAAAACUUCAACUUGGGAAAUCAAACCUCUGAAGCCGUGCACUGAAUAUGAGCUAAAUGUCAUAUUAAUUAACAAUUAUACCACAAAACUCUGUAACAACACUGAAAAUAAAACUUCAACAACAAUGGAAAUGACUCAAAGAGACAUCACAAACAUCUCCUGCCCUUCUGGAUAUUUCUGUUACCAAAGUGGUUGGAACAUCAGCUCUUUACUAUCAGGAAACAAUGUUUCAGAUGUGCAGUUCAUCAAUGGAUCGUAUCGUAUCAAACCUGCUUAUGAGAGCAUUUGCUCAGAAUUAGUUUUGGAGUUCCCACAAGAAAAAUGCUCAAACAUCACCUUUAACAAAACUGAAAAUGUUCCUUUUGUCUUCAUUGAUGUAAACGACGUAUUUCAGCCUGAACCCACUGAACUUCCUGCAGAGAUAAAAUCAAAAUUACCUCCAAACUGUCAGGAUCUCAGUGUUGUGUAUAAUUGUUCAGGAAUGAACAAUAACUCUAUUGACCCGUCUGACAUGAAGCCGUUUACAGACUACAGCUGUACUGGUGACAUCAAGAGCAAAAAUGGCUCCAUAAUUAAAACACUUCCUCCUGUCCAGUUCAACGUUGACUGUGAUUUUUCAAUAAGCUUCCUGCAGAAAAUUCCAACCAAUACUUCCAUUAAGCUGAACUGGGAACCAACGAGUAAUGAAUGUGGAGGUAUCCUUGACCAACUGACGGAGCUCUCUUAUAGCUGCAGCUGUCAGCAAGGCUGGAAACAUGAACAUGAUGCUAUCAAAGGUGAAGUUGACCAAAGAACGUGUAACAUCAACGGACUUGAACCAUUCAAGGAUUAUACCUGUAAAGUCCAUGUCAUCUACAACAAGACAAGAAUGUUUAAAGAUACAAUAGAGAACGUGAAAACUGGGCCUGGAAGUAAGUAA